AUGCCAGAGUCCAAUGUCAGUUUGGUUGGUAACAACUACUUUCUUUGCGGUCCCUAUGGACGAAACCUAAGUGGUGCUUCGGACAGGGAGUUCGCCAAAGCGUUCCAGCACCCUCCAGGAGUCCAUCAUGCUUUCGUGGCAAUUGGUGAAGACGACUGUUACUUCACCAAGUACUACAACGAAAGAACCGAAAGAUUCACAUGGUCUUGGUCUCUUUCCAGCUACGGUGGCCUCGACAGAGCACUCGACUCUCUUGAUGGCGACACCCCCGAGUUUGUGUCUCUCGGGAGUGACGGCUACUACUUCAUGCGAACCCAAAGCGGCCGCACCUUCUGGAAUCUGCCAGACGCAGCUGAUGAGUUCGUCGAGAACGCAGACCCAAACAGCGAUGGCGUCAAGUAUGUCUGGCUAGGAACCGAAGGCUCAUACGUGGCCCAGAAGGAGUCCGGAUACAGACAGUGGAACCUCCGUGGUAACUACGGGAGUCUAGAGCAGUCUAUCAGGACCAUGCCUAGCAUUCGGAUCCUGGGUCUGAACCUUGAGAAUGAUCGGUCAUACUUUGUGGUGUUUGAUGAUGGCGCGGUUAUGUGCAAUCCUGCCGGUACGGACUUGACUAAGGAUGCAUUCAAAGCAUGGGCUCGACGUGCAUAA